AUGAAUGGUGGAGGCGGCGUGAGAAGAGAGGCAAGAGGGGAAAAUGGGGAGGCGGCGGCGACGAAUAGCGGGGGAAGAGGGAGGCAGCGCCGGCGGAACAAAGGGGAAGGGAACGAUGGUGGUUGUGGAGUUACAGAGAGGGAAGACGACAACGGAUUCAUAGAUGAGAAAGGUGGGAGGUGGCGCCAGCGGAACAAAGGGGAGGGGAGCGGCGGCGCCGAUGGAUUGCAGAGGGGAAAUGGUAGAGCGAAUUUAGAUAGAGAGAAUGGGGGAGUGGAAAAAAUGCACUUUUUCAGUCUAAAGAGAAGCGACCUUCACAGAAACACAAGUAUUCCUGGACUGCCGGAGCUCGGCGGCGUGGCGCUCGGAGCUGCCUGGACGGGAGGCUGGAGCGGCCUUCUUCUCCUUAGGGCAGUCGCGCUGACGGAGGGCGGCAGACGGAGGGCGGCGGACGGAGGGCAGUGGAUGGUGUCGGACGUCGGAGAGGGUGAAGGAGGCGGAUGGGAUUCAGGGAACUUAGGGUUCUGUUCUGCGUCGGAGAGGGUGAAGUUCGCGCUGACGGAGGGCGGUGGAUGGCGGCAGACGGAGGGUGGUGGAUGGCGGCGGACGGAGGGGAGGGUGAAGGAGGCGAACGGAGGGGUGGAGGCAGAAGGAGCUGAGUAG